GAACAUAGACCUGAGUAGCAGAGGAUCAUUCCGAUCCAAAGGAAGGCUGGGAAGGCAGUUGAGGACUCGUGAACGAAGCAGGUCAAAACGCAACCUCGAUAACAAUUAGGAAGCGUUUUUCUUAGUAAGAAACAAGAAAGCGAAAUUAAGAUUCGGAGAGACCAAAACCAUCGCGACCGUGAAAAUGAUCGCUGACGGAGUCGAAGACGAAGAGAAAUGGCUCGCCGCCGGCAUCGCCGGCCUCCAACAGAACGCUUUCUACAUGCAUCGCGCUUUGGAUUCGAACAAUCUCAGAGAUGCUUUGAAGUAUUCUGCUCAGAUGUUGUCUGAGCUUCGAACCUCGAGGCUUUCCCCUCACAAAUACUACGAACUAUAUAUGCGAGCAUUUGAUGAAUUGAGGAAGCUGGAGAUGUUUUUUAAGGAAGAAACGAGGCGUGGUUGUUCCAUUAUCGAUCUGUAUGAGCUCGUGCAGCAUGCUGGCAAUAUAUUGCCUAGAUUGUAUCUUCUUUGUACUGUAGGCUCUGUAUAUAUCAAAUCCAAGGAAGCUCCUGCUAAGGAUGUUCUCAAAGAUCUUGUUGAAAUGUGCCGUGGCAUUCAGAAUCCUGUGCGCGGGCUCUUUCUAAGGAGUUACCUGGCUCAAGUUAGUAGGGAUAAAUUGCCUGACAUAGGUUCUGAGUAUGAAGGGGAUGCAGACACUGUAGUGGAUGCUGUGGAAUUUGUUCUUCAAAACUUUACAGAGAUGAACAAGUUGUGGGUGCGAAUGCAGCAGCAGGGACCUGCCCGAGAAAAGGAGAAACGGGAGAAAGAGAGAAGCGAGCUACGCGAUCUUGUUGGGAAGAAUCUUCACGUACUCAGUCAGAUAGAGGGUGUUGACCUUGAUAUGUACAAAGAUACUGUUCUUCCCAGGAUCCUUGAACAGGUCGUCAAUUGUAAAGAUGAGCUAGCUCAAUACUAUCUAAUGGAUUGCAUAAUUCAAGUUUUUCCUGAUGAAUACCACUUGCAAACUCUUGAUGUGUUGUUGGGUGCUUUCCCACAACUUCAGCCAACCGUUGACAUUAAAACAGUGCUAUCUCGAUUAAUGGAAAGGCUAUCAAAUUAUGCUGCUUCAAGUGCAGAUGUGUUGCCUGAGUUCUUGCAAGUAGAAGCUUUUUUGAAGUUGAAUAAUGCCAUUGGAAAGGUGAUAGAAGCACAACCUGAUAUGCCUAUCCUUGGGGUGAUAACUCUAUAUUCAUCUCUUCUUACAUUUACUCUCCAUGUCCAUCCCGAUCGGCUUGACUAUGCAGAUCAAGUGUUGGGAGCAUGUGUUAGAAAACUCUCUGGCAAAGGAAAGCUUGAGGACAACAAAGCAACAAAACAAAUUGUUGCCCUUUUAAGUGCUCCGCUUGAAAAAUAUAAUGACAUUGUUACAGCAUUAAAGCUUUCCAAUUACCCUCGUGUCAUGGAAUACCUUGAUAGUGAAACAAAUAAAGUCAUGGCAACUGUGAUAAUUCAAAGCAUUAUGAAGAACAAAACUCAUAUCUCUACUGCUGACAGGGUUGAGGCGUUGUUUGAACUGAUAAAAGGUCUUAUUAAGGAUCUGGAUGGGACUCUUGAUGAUGAGGUUGAUGAAGAUGAUUUCAAGGAGGAGCAGAAUUCUGUUUCACGUCUAAUCCAGAUGUUGUAUAAUGAUGAUCCAGAAGAGAUGUUUAAGAUAAUAUGCACGGUGAGGAAGCAUAUCUUGGCCGGAGGACCAAAACGUCUAUCCUUCACUGUCCCUCCCCUUGUUUUCUCUUCGCUUAAGUUGGUCCGGCAACUACAAGGCCGAGAGGAAAAUCCUUUUGGAGAGGAGGAAUCAACCACACCAAAGAAAAUAUUCCAGCUUUUGAAUCAGACAGUUGAAACUCUCUCUAACGUUCCAGCCCCUGAGUUGGCACUACAGUUGUAUUUGCAGUGUGCUGAGGCUGCAAAUGACUGUGAUUUAGAACCUGUGGCAUAUGAAUUUUUCACGCAAGCUUACAUUUUAUAUGAAGAAGAAAUUUCAGACUCCAGGGCACAGGUGACUGCAAUACAUUUGAUAAUUGGAACUCUUCAAAGGAUGCAUGUCUUUGGUGUUGAAAAUAGGGAUACUUUAACACACAAGGCUACAGGGUAUUCUGCAAAACUUUUGAAGAAGCCUGAUCAGUGCAGAGCUGUUUAUGCAUGCUCACAUCUCUUCUGGGUUGAUGAUCAGGACAACGUGAAAGAUGGAGAGAGGGUCUUGCUUUGCCUCAAGCGGGCAUUGAGAAUUGCAAAUGCUGCUCAACAAAUGUCCAAUGCAGCGAGAGGUAGCACUGGAUCCGUCACACUCUUUGUCGAGAUACUGAACAAGUAUCUUUAUUUCUUUGAGAAGGGGAACCCCCAGAUCACUGUUGCUGCAAUCCAGAGCCUGAUUGAAUUGAUUACAACUGAGAUGCAAAGUGACUCUAGCACACCAGAUCCAGCAGCGGACGCUUUCUUUGCCAGCACACUCCGAUAUAUAGAGUUUCAGAAACAGAAAGGUGGGGCAGUAGGUGAAAAAUACGAGCCUAUCAAGGUGUGACUGCUCGAUGACCUGAUGUUGUUCGAGAGAUCCUGGUGGAGUUAGUUUUUAAGUGUGGACUGCUACUGAGAUCAUUAUCUUUGAAUUUGUUUCGUCCAGUUGAUGAAAUCGAGUUUAUAGUCUAUGCCUCUGGUGGUUAACAUAGCGAUUUCAUGGGUCAUGUGCAAUGUAAGAAAUCUGUAAGCUUAUCAUGCUAGUGCUGUUAACCGGUUUAGGUGUUGAAAGUUAGUUAUAACCACAUCUUGCUUUCACUUUGGUAUAUUCUUGCCAUUUUUCAUAAUUCGAAUGUUUACUUUCGAAUCGUUUAAUGUUGUUUAUGAAACAUACUUAGAUUCUUCUCUCUCUCUCUCUCUCUCUCACUGUGUGUGUGUGUUAAUAAUGGGAACAUUGUUUACCCUGUUUCAAUGCCAAGAUGUUCUGCGUAACUCAGUUUAUUCA